AUGGUCACUUACAUGAAGGAGGUCGCUAGUAUUGGUGGCGAGCUUACUGUCGACGAACGCAACCUUCUCUCCGUCGCGUACAAGAACGUCGUUGGGACCCGCCGAGCGUCCUGGCGAAUCAUCUCCUCUAUCGAGCAAAAGGAAGAGUCCAAGGGCUCCGAGAAGCAUGUCGGCACUAUCAGAGAGUAUCGUGAAAAGAUCGAAGCCGAGCUCGAACGUGUUUGCCAGGAUGUCCUCGAAGUCCUCGACAACAACCUGAUCCCUAAAGCCGAAACCGGCGAAUCUAAAGUGUUUUAUUAUAAGAUGAAGGGAGACUACUAUCGUUAUCUUGCUGAAUUCGCUUCCGGUGGCAAGCGCAAGACCGCCGCGACCAAUGCCCAUGAAGCUUACAAGAACGCCACCGACGUUGCCCAGUCCGAGCUGACUCCUACCCACCCCAUCCGCCUAGGUCUCGCUCUCAAUCUUUCCGUCUUUUACUACGAGAUUGUCAACUCUCCAGAUCGGGCUUGUCAUCUUGCCAAGCAGGCUUUCGACGACGCCAUUGCCGAGCUUGACUCGCUGUCGGAAGAAUCCUACCGUGACAGCACCUUGAUCAUGCAGUUGCUGCGCGACAAUCUGACUCUCUGGACCUCGUCUGACGGCGGAGAAACCGAGCCUGCCACUGCUGCUGAAGCUGCUACUGACGAUAAGCCUGCCGAUGCCGCCCCCGCUGAAGCGCCUGCCGCCCCUGCCGCUACCAGCCCCGCUGCCACUGCCACUGCCACUGCCGCUGCUACUGCUACUGCUGCUCCGGCUGAGGAUAAGAAGAAGGAAACCGCUGCGGAAUCCUAA